AAUUGAACAUUAUUUCUUGGCUUUUUUAAUUUUUUGUUUUUGUUUAUUCUAUUUCAUUUAGAUUAUUAAUACCCAUUUCCCCCUUCUUUAAAGUUUUAGACAUUUCGGGUAUUUAGUGUAUUCAUUAAAAUGGCAGAUCUUGUCAACAGUUGAUGCUGCUGAGGAAAAAUAAGUCGUGUAACGUCUACACGAAGAACAUUAUUAAAAUAUGAGGAAUGUGUGAAGAAUGUCUGGAAAUCGUAUGAUAUACUUUGCUGGAAGUAUUACAGGAGGUCGACAAGAUGCUGAUUUGUACUUCCGUAUUGUGGCCCAGUUGAAAUCGUAUGGCACUGUGCUCACUGAACAUGUUGCAAGCCCAACCGUGGAGGCUGAUGAGGAUGCUGCUGGUCUGACAGAUGUACAGAUUCAUGACCAAGAUAUGGACUGGUUGAAACAGUGUGAUGUUCUUGUUGCGGAGGUGACCCAGCCAUCAUUGGGAGUUGGAUAUGAGAUUGGGAGAGCCGUGUCCUUAAACAAACUCAUUAUUUGUCUCUUCCGUCCUGAUUCAGGAAAAAAAAUAUCUGCCAUGAUAUCUGGAGCAGUUGGGGAAAAUUUUCAUGUUUACAACUACACAGAAGAUCAAGUGCCCGACAUUCUUGCAAAACACCUCAAGUGAAUUUAUAAAGCCACAAAGUGUAAUAUUGCAGACAUUGACAAUUGAGCCAGUAAAUAAACACAAAAUUUACAGUGUGCAUACAAUGUACAUGUAUUUUGUUACUUAACUUCUAAGUGAUUCGUAGUAGUUACCCCAUAUGAUAUUGUUGGUUAUGUGCAGAUACCCGAUGGACGUGGUCAUAAUGACCACGCCCAUCGGGUAUCUGCUCAUAAUCAACAAUGUCAUAUGGGGUAAAUGACUUGUACGGUAGUUUACUAUUAUUCAUUAUAUUUUAUUAUAGCGUGACCUUGACUAACUUUCAAGGUCUAAUAAUUCAUUAGAUAGCUUGUUCAUAGAAACUUCGUCUUGAUACAAAAAUGUCUAUGCCCAACUGCCCUAAUACCAGUUCAACGUUUGUAUAUAUUUAAAAUCUUUUUGUAAAGCUAAUAUGAUGAA